UGAUUACUUCUGUACAUUAUAAUUAUUAUACAACAUAAACAUUCAAGCACAUUCAAAAAUCAUGGACAAACUAAUACGAAAUGUUAGGCUUAUGAUCUUUUUUCUUUUAUCAAUUUCUUUGGUAGCAUUAUCUACAACAACAAACACCAAACAAUCGUGCAUAAAAUCCAUUUGCGGGCGACACAAUGGAUACCUUUCCAUCCGAUUCCCGUUCCGCCUUGUAAACAUCCAGCCUGAAUCAUGUGGAUACCCCGGCUUCGAUUUAUUUUGUGAUGCAUCCAACACCACCCUUCUUCACAUCCCGAAUUCCGGGAGUUUCUCUGUUCAAGGGAUAGACUAUAGUAGACAACAAAUUAAGCUUAGUGAUCCUGAUGAUUGCUUAGCUAAAAGACUCCUUUCUGGCCUUGAUCUUUCCCAUUCUCCCUUUCGCUUCAAAGACUUUUAUGACUUUUCCUAUUAUAAUUGCUCCGAAAAACACGAAAACUACACCGAUGGUGAGGACGUUUGGCGUCAGGAAAAGAUCAGUUGCCUAAGUACGGUACCUGAUUAUGCUACUAUAGGUGUGCAACCUGAGUUCUUUUCCCACUUACUAGAGCCUUGGUGUGACACAAUUCGCAACAAUGUAACAAUUCCGGUUGAUUCGAUCACAGAGAUUUCGAGUUUGAGUGCACAGAUGUUGCUUGUCUGGGAUAAGCCUAAUUGUGGACUCUGCGAGGAGACUGUUAGGCGUUGUGAGUUCAAAAAUGAUGCAUCUACUUCUCUUGAAACUGUGUGCAUUGAUUAUGAUUUCGCAAUCGGAUCAGGACAGCUUUCAAAGGAAGUACGUUAUGCAAUUGGUUUUUCAGUAGGACUGGGAGUACCAGCAAUUCCAGUUAUUGCUCUGAUACUCUAUAGAAAGGUGACCCGAUCUCGUCGUAGAGCAGCGGGAGAUGACAACAAUGGAAGCAAUUCUGUUGACACCAAUAUGCAAGGAUAGCUAUAUACUUCAUAUAAUUUACUGUACUAUACUUUUUUAUGAGUUGUUAACCAUUUAAUAUGAUGAGGUAUGUUUGCAAGUUCA